CCAGCCGGGCCCGCUGCGGGGUGCCGGGGUCCCGGUGCCGGGGGUCCCGGUGCCCGCGUCCCCAGAGCCGCUCCCGGGACACGCGGACCGGCGCAGCGCGCAGGCGCAGCAGGGGGGGGCGGGGCCAGGCGGUGUUGGCGGAAGGGCCGCCCGCGCUAUGCUGUCCCUCGCGGGCUGCCGUCGGCUGUGGAGCGGCGCGGGGGCCAUGCCCCGAAAGGGGAAAGGAUCCGGGAAGGAACCCGCGGAACCGGGCGCUGCCGCGGGACCGGUGGUAUUGGCGGGGGACGGCUGUGUGAGGGUGGCGGUUCGCGCCAAGCCCGGCGCCCGGUGCAGCGCCGUCACAGAUGUGACAGCGGAAGCAGUAGGUGUAGCUAUUGCUGCACCUCCAUCGGAAGGGGAGGCAAACGCAGAGCUGUGUCGCUACCUCUCUAAGGUGCUAGAAGUGAAGAAGAGUGAAGUUACUUUAGACAAGGAUGGCCACUGUGGGCAUUUCAAGCUUUCUGCCAGGCUGCAGAUUAACAAGCAACUUGUUUCUCAUGGUUUACUGAAUACUAGCAAUAUGAAAAGAGGUUGCAGGUUUGCCAGUUCCUAUGUAAAAUAGCCUUAUUUCCAGUGAUAGAAAAACAGGUCAAUAAUAUUUAAAAUAACCGUUGUAUGAAUCUGAAUGUCUUAUAGGUUAUACAAGAUGUGAUUUCAUUUAGUUGAUAUUAUCAACCUGAGAACUCAGCUUUAGAGUACCUUAUACUCUGUGGGACACAACUCGGAAGAAGGAUUUGAAAAUACACAGUUAUCAAAUAUAUGUAUAUAUACACCCACUUUUUUUAGAAAACAACAAUGCUUAUCAGUUGGAGUCUUGCUUCUAGAUGAUACAAGUGAAUUACGGAAACUUACCACUCCUUGCUCUUCGUUCCAACCUAUAUAAAGAACAUCAAUUCAGGGCAUGCCCUGAGAGCUGUAUCCAAUUCUAAAAGGAGAAUAGACAUUGUUUUCUACCUUUCACAUCACUAGAAAGGACACUGGUGAACUAUCUCUUACCACUGUUAAUUCUGCAUACCAAUGUUUUAAGAAUUGUUUUGAAAUACCUGAUAUGUUGGCGUUACAAUGGGAUUUUUUCAGAAUGUGUAUUUGGUGCUGAUUCUCUGAAAGAUGUUUUUUGUGUGUGUGUCUAAACCAGGGUGGUAAAUCACGUGACAAAGUGGUGAAGAUUUUGGUAUCGAUGACACCAGAUGAAAUCUUAGAAAAACUGAAAAAAGAAGCUUCCAGUUGACCUAAAACCAGAGCAAAUGGGACAAGGCAUCUUGGUAAACAGACUGAUCUUUGUUACAUAAAUUUAGUCCUGUUGAGAAAGUGGGUAAUGUCUAAGGAUAGAUGCUUCUUCUACCCCCUCUUGUUAAUAUAACUGCUGUAUAGUUGAAGUUUUUGUGUUGGUUUGGUUAGAAAAACUUGUCUUUACUGAGGCUCCGUAUCUGCUUCGGCCACUACGGACUUUCCCCUUUGGAGAGUUUCCUCUUGGUAAGAUUUGUCCUUUUUUCCUGCUUUCUCAACAAACAGUUUAGAAAGCUUGUUUCUUAGUGAAACAAACUUUAACGAAGUGAAAGGCUUGGGGUGACAUGUUUCAAUGUGUAAAGUGAUGCAAAAGGAUGAGUCUGUCUGGAUGGUAAAGACCCUAGAAGAAUGUUCUCUUCAGUAUCUAGCGGUAGGUACUGGGUGCAGUUUUGCACUGUGUGCACAUAUGUUCAUCUAAAAUAAACAUAUUUGAGGCCAAUAUGCUGUUGUUGAUCACACAGGCAAGUUAGAAGUGGAAUCACCCAAGCAACUGAAACAAAACCAGAAGUUUACAGUAUGAAAAACUGCCCCAGAGCCUGGUAAUUGCAUACAGUGUCACUUCAUAACGCUGCGUAGUUAGUUUCCUGAAAAGCAAAGAUAAAAUCAUGUAUCUUUACCAAAUGUAUGUCAAGUGUAACGACUAUUUUUAAUAAAAGGGGUGAAAAGUA